AAUUAGUAGUUAUUUUAGGUUAGAUUUUGUAUAUAUUUACAGUUAUGAGUGUACAGGAUUUUUAUAAUUUGAAAAGAACGUCUCUCGCUGUUAUACAGGAUAAAUAAAUCACAAGUUACGAAUCCAAAGAAACGUAAUAAUGUCUAUCGAAAGUUACUAUUUAAAAUUGUCUGAACCUCUGAAGUUUGAGGCUGUGAGUAGAGCUCGUCUCAACAAUGUAUUUUUUGACGAAUGUCAUAAUCAGGUAUUUUCAGUGCAGUCAGGAGAGAUGACAGAAAUCAUUGUCAGAUGCCCUCCCUCUCACGUCAGAAGUUUCAAGAUGAAGGAGAAAGGUCCAGUUAUCUCAAUUAAAUUCAAUUUUUCUCAAAAUAUUUUGGCUGUUCAAAGGACAUCAUCAUGUGUGGAAUUCAUACAUUUUCAAGAAGGAAACCAGUUCGUAGAAUUCUCUCAUCCCUGUAAGAGCAAGAAUGCUAAAAUUCUUGGAUUCGUUUGGAUGUCUGCUUCUGAUAUAGUUUAUGUAACAGAUCAAGGUGUAGAGUUAUGCCAGGUAGAAGCCACCAAGUGCCAAGUAAAGAUGACCAAGUCACUGGCAAUGACAGUCAACUGGUUUCUCUUCUGCCAUCAUUCUAGCAUUCUCCUGUUGUCUUCUGGUAACCUCGGCAACACAGUGCAACCAAUCUUCAUCAAGCAAGGGAAUCUCCACAAGUUGCCACGUUUUGAAGUUGAGAUGUCUGGGGUACCGAGAUCUCAGAAGUUAGUGGUAGAGGAGAGAGAUGCAGUUGUUGGAAUUGUCUACGGUCAACCUAGAGUACUAGUUCUCCGUCAUCAGUCCACUUCCAACCAUCAAGGCGCUCAAGUUUUCAUCUAUACUAUUAAAAAGAUGUCCACUGUCAAGAAAACCCACAUUUUAAACCUCGGUAGAAGUGGAAGGUUUGCCUUGAGUAUUGUUGACAAUCUUAUUUUUGUUCAUCACCAAGCCUCUAAAACUUCACUGAUGUUUGACAUCGGAUUGGAAGCUGAAUGUGAUGGGUCUGUUUACUAUCACUCCCCCGUGAUGCCUCCUCAACCCAUACGUGGUGAAAAUGCAGAACUUUAUUCUUCUAAUUGGAUUAUGUUUUCUCCAAACGUAGUCAUUGAUGCUAAAAUUGGGUGUUUAUGGUACCUGGAGUUAGAACUUGAACAUAUUAGCAAACUAGUCCACAGUAAGAGCUUUCUCAUAGAGUUCUUUAUGCUAAGGGCAAACUCCAAAGAAUACAUUUUGAGGGAACUACGAGAAGCAACGCAGAGCCUCAAUCAGAAUCUAGAAGAGUUAGCCUUAGUGUUUGACAAGCUGAAUGCAGUGUAUCGGCAAAAGUUGCUGCAGAAUGUCAAGUGGCAGUUGGCCAGUCCAGUGAGUGCUGUGGACAGUCAAGUCUCUGAAAGUUCUCUAGUCACACGAGUGGUCAUAGACCAGUCCGAUAUGUACACCAAUGUACUGUCUAAGAUGGCAGACUUCAUAAAUGAAGAUAGUCCACCAAGGAACCGUAAGUUGGCAAUGUGGGUGCUUCUGGAGUAUGUGAGAUCACUGACGGAUCAUCAGAUCCCAGUACAACACUAUCUUCAUGAGUUGGUCAUCAACUCCUUGAUACUCAAUAAAGCCUAUUACCAACUUCACCAGCUUCUGCAAUAUUUUGUCGUUUCUGACUCUAAGCCUCUGGCUUGCUUGCUGUUGUCCCUCGAGAACCUGUACCCUCCAGCCCACCAACUAGCCUUGGACAUGCUGCAUAGGCUGAACACUGCCAGCCAAGAGAUAACUGAGGUUCUGCUCUCCAAGCACCAAAUACUGCCUGCACUUAGGUACGCCAUAGAAUCUGAAAACGAAGACCAGCUGUCAGGGCGUAAGUUUCUCGAGUUAGCUCAAGCGACUGAAGACAAACUAGUGUUUUACGCUGUUUCUACUUACUUUGAGGCUAAACGUGCCUCAGUCAACGGUUCUGUCCCUUCACUGAGAUGAAGGUUGAAUGUAACAUGUGGUACAUCUUAAUUCAACAUUCUUAAUUUGUGUUAUUUUCACGAUCGGAAGUAAAUUAUUUUUGUUAAAAUACUAUUUUAUGUAUUAAUUAAUUGACUUAGUUUUAUCAAGACUCCAUGGCAUUAUUAUUGAAAAAAAUCCAUAUAAUUCCUUAAAAUGAUUUUCCGUUUUUAGUUCUAAAAAACCAUUUAGAAACAAUAAAAUCAAAUAAUUUAUUUAUCCAUUAAACACAAUCAGGCAAUAGGCCAAGUCAAGACAAUAGAAUUAUACGUUACUGAACAUGUUUAACAAUGCUAUAAACACUUCUACACAGAAUAACAAGGGUUGUCCAACAAACACAAUUUAAUCUUCUGCUGGAACGGUUUUUCUGUUAGCGUUUUCAGGCUUUCUGAUUGGCUAAUAAACAUAUAAGUCUAUAAACUGGGUAUUUGAGCUACUUCUAGUUGCAUGAUUUCUUGAUCCCACAGUUUCAAUACCACUUAUAUUUGCCUUAAUACUACAGAGACGUUUCAGAUUAUACAAAUUUAUAACUGUGAGGAUCUAAAAUACAUGGUCCAGUGCCAAUGAAAAUAGCUAUAUUAGCCAUUUUCAAUAGGAACACUAUUUUUAGGUUGUGCAGUUUUAGGCAGUCAGAGGCCAGCUUUAGUGGUGGUGACUUUUUUCAAGCGCUCUUAAACCAGCACCAUUUACAAAAAACCUGUUUUUUUUUUUACUUUCAUUGAUAGCAGUUUUACUUUAUGUAUAAUUUUAUAAAAGUUUUCAUAAACGUUGUGACACACAUUGAGUAAAUUUGAAAAUAAAAUAAUUUGACUGUGAAAGACAGCUAAUGAUUCCACGUUGUUUAUAUAAAAGUUGUGGCCAAUUGAGCACAAAGGUAUGAAUAAUUAUUACUUUUAGGGGUUUAACAAAAACUGUAAUCCCUCUAGUGGUUUUCCAUGCAUAUAAUUUAUUAUUUGGUAUCUUUUAGAAAAAAUAUUUCCAUUCUAGUCCUUAUCCUUUCUCUUAAUACAUUUGAUAUUGUUAUUAAGA